CUUGAGAAUGGAGCUGAUAUUGAGACUCCAAGUGGUGAAUAUGGGAAUGCUCUUCAUACUGCUGCAUGUCAUAGCAAUGAAAACAUUUUGAAUAAGGUUCUUCAGAAAGGAGUGAAUGUAAAUCUACAGGGUAGUAGAUUUGGAACAGCUCUCCAAACUGCUGCAUUCUGGGGCUGUGAAGAUAUGGUCAUAUAUCUUUUGGAUUGUGGAGCUUAUAUAAAUGCUCAGGGUGGUGAAUAUACCAGUGCUCUCCAAGCUGCUGCUUUUAAUGGCUAC